UCGGAGGAUGCUAUGUCUAUAAGUGGGCAUGAAGUUUUCGUUUAGUCUAAGUUUGAAUGCAAGAAAGAAAUUUGUGUUCGGGUGUAUUUAAAGAACAGAAACCUGGAGACAAUGGCUGAAUGCACAAUUAUGGAAUCUCAGCAGUCAGUGAUUAAAAAAGUGAAAAAGCAAAGAGAGGUAAAAAUGCAGAGGACUUUGACAAUAGCCAGUCUGUGUGCGGCAAUAUUUCUGAUUGUGCUGGUCACAAGGGCUAUUGAGAGUUCCGCCAGUCCAAGCUCACGAGAUGAUCCCCCUUCUCUAUAUUGGCGGAAAGGAUAUUCCGGACACGGCACCACACACGAGCAGGUGGGCGCAAUUCACUUCGGCGAAGCUCAAUUCUCAAAGUACAAGCCACUGUCGAAUUACUCCCAGAAAGAGAAUGUCUCAAAUAUGUGGGUGGAUGUUGUUUUCAAAAUUUCGCGAACCUUUUUUGACAAAAUGUUUCCCCUUGAUCCGACCGUACCAAGAGGCUACAUAAAGGACCUGGGUAAGGAUAACAUGAGGUUGGGACCGAAAGCUAUAAAGGACGAUUGGGCAGAUUGGUUGAAUGCAUUCUGGCUUAUGUGGCUAUGGGUACUUUUACUGGUUGCUCUCAUUAUUCUGGUACCCUUUGCAGGUGUCGUGUAUUUCUGCUUAUGUUGCCAUCGCUGUAAGCUGGGCUGUCCAGCUUGCCAAUCGGAUGUCAAUAGGAGACGUAUUCUUUGGAGCAUCUGCUUGCUUCUGAUCCUUCCAUUUAUCGCUGGCAGUAUGGGCUUGGCUUUUCUUUCAAACGGCAUGCUAGAACGCGGCCUGGCCAACACUAAGAUUGCCUUUGAAAUGGGUAGCGUGGAUACUUGCAACUUCCUGAAGGAUGUCAGCGAUCAUAUUCGUCAUUUGCUUGUGAAAAACUAUCAGGAACUGGAGACACAUCUGGUCACUACUAUCGUGGAGGCACCUAAACAUUUGUUCAAGGACUUGAACGAUGUCGCGGAAGGUAAUGCCGUGGCGGAACUAAACAGGAUUAUUGGCAACAUUGUUCCGGCAAUCCAAAAUUUAAAAUUGGCCAAGCAAGCUCAAGCAGACACAAAAGAAGUGUCACUUAGACUAAGAAAUGCUCUCCGGGGAGUGAAGCGCGACGUUAACCAUGCGGCGGUGGUGCUCUGUGGCAGUUUUGAUUGCAUGAAGUUUCUGCAGACCUCAGGAAUUGAGUAUAUGGACACAUCCAGAUGCCUUCACUUGGAUGAGGUACCGGAGUCGGACAGAAUGAUCGUUGAUUUAAAUAAUAUGUAUAAAGAUAUAAAAGGCAGACCAGGAAGAUGGAUAGCUCGUCUCCGUGGUGUUAGUAAAAAGAUUAAGGACGAGAUGGCACGAGUCUCACCACCGAUAAUUCGAGACAUACGCAAGGGAGGGGUGCUUUUUACCAAAGAGGCGGCGAGAAUAGAAGAAAUAAUUGACGUGGUCAUGAGCGACAUUCAUCUUGGCACUAUUCGGGCGAGCAGGGCGUUCGAGGAUCUUUACGACAAAUUUAAUGAAACACGUCAGUACGUCGUUCAGUAUAUUGCUGUAAGCCUCCUUGGGAUUCUGUCGAUCUUGGUUUUGUCUUUGAUUGUUGGCUGUCUAGCACCACGUCCCACCGGAGCGAGCAAUGAAUACUUCACCAAAAGGAUCGCAGCGUACAUGAUGAUACUGUGA